GUGCGUUUCCUACUUAGGAUUAAUCUCGUGUAUUUGAUCGCGUGUGUAACGUUACGGAUUCGAUCAGACUCAGCGUUACGUUUGCGUGGAUUAAAACACAAGAGAUGGAUAUACGUCUGAUUAUUUUGAGGUGUUUUAACCGAUAUUUCGAGCUAUAAAUGCGGAGUGAUCGCACCCACGGUAUCGCAGUGUUGUUAAUCCAGUGUUAAAGGUCAAACACGCGCCAGUAGUUGAUACAUCGACACGAUCGGGAUGUCGGAUGAGGACUCGCGUGCAAGCUCUAGCUCAUCUUCCUCUUCCUCCUCCUCCUCCACCCAUCAGCAGCAGGAGAAAGACACACCUGGAAAAAAGAAAGAAAGCAAAGCCAACAUGAGCAAGACAUCCAAACUCCUCUCCACAAGUGCAAAGAGGAUUCAGAAAGAGCUGGCUGACAUCAUGUUGGAUCCCCCACCUAACUGCAGUGCUGGUCCAAAAGGAGACAACAUCUACGAAUGGAGGUCCACUAUCCUGGGUCCUCCAGGUUCAGUGUAUGAGGGAGGAGUGUUUUUUCUUGACAUCGCUUUCACACCAGACUAUCCCUUCAAACCACCCAAGGUGACGUUUCGCACAAGAAUCUAUCAUUGCAACAUCAAUAGUCAGGGUGUGAUCUGUCUGGACAUCCUGAAGGACAACUGGAGUCCAGCGCUCACUAUCUCCAAAGUGCUACUGUCUAUCUGCUCUCUGCUCACAGACUGUAACCCUGCUGAUCCUCUGGUAGGAAGCAUCGCCACGCAGUACACAACCAACAGACCAGAACACGACAGGAUAGCCAAACAGUGGACCAAACGUUACGCCACAUAAUUUUCUCCGACUGCAGAGUGCUGCUUGUCGGACAUCUGUGGGAAGGGGUGGCGAGUCUAAAAGAGGAACUGGUGUGAAGGGGAUCCAUAGGGUAGAAGAUACAGGGGGGUUUUAUGAUGGAGUUUCAAUUUUGUUUUUUUUUUGUUUUUUGGGAGUAUUUUUUGUUGAUUGUUUCCUUCAGCUUUAGUAGCAUCACGAUUUAACAAAAAAUGGAUCUUAAUGUGUGUUUUCUUUGCCGCCUUGUUGUAAAUUGAUCUUAUUUGAAGCUUUUUCAUCCUUGUCAAUUGAAGUCUCAGCAUGAGCCUAUGGCACAGUUGUUUCAUGUAUGUAUUUUCCCCACCAAUAUUAAAGCUGAAGUUGGAGUA